AUGAACCAUUCCAGCCAAGGCGACUCCAAGUCGGCAGACGCAGUUACUGAUGCAAAAGCCUUGGAUAACCAGAACUCAGACUGUCUGAGCAAGAUGGGUUAUGUCUCUCAGGACGCCCAAGCGGCCACUGAAGAUCAAAAGAACAUGUCUGUUUUCGAAUCAUUCAAGGCAUACCCGAAGGCGGUGGGAUUUUCGAUGGUUCUUUCACUUUGCAUUGUUAUGGAAGCAUACGACACUUCGUUGAUCGGCAACUUUUACGGUCUCCCUCAAUUUAACAGGCGGUUCGGCGACCGAUUGGCCAAUGGCGACUACCAAUUGACUUCGACUUGGCAGUCAGGCUUGCAAAACGGCACUCAAGUUGGCCAGAUGAUUGGCCUUUUCUUCGGCGGUAUUCUUGCGGAGCGGUUUGGUUACAAGAAGACGUUUCUUGGUGCUCUGAUUCUCAAUAUCGCUUUCAUCUUUCUUUUCUUCUUUGCGCAGAAUAUCGGAUUUCUGCUGGCUGGAGGAAUGCUGUGCGGUUUGCCUUGGGGAGCAUUUCAGACUCUUACCACUACCAUGACCACGUACACCAACCUCUGUUGGGUUAUCGGGCAAUUCAUUAGCACAGGAGUCCUUCGAGCUGUGCUAUCGCGAACUGAUGACUGGGCUUGGCGUAUUCCUUAUGCCAUUCAAUGGGUGUUCCCGAUCCCCAUCAUCGUUGGUGUUCUCUUCGCCCCGGAGAGUCCUACUUGGCUUGUUCGCAAAGGUCGUCUGACAGAGGCUCGUAAGGCACUGCGUCGCCUGGCCAACUCUUCUGUCUCAGAUGCUCAACUUGACGUCAAUAUCGCGAUGAUUGCGCACACCAACGAGAUGGAAAGACAAAAUGAGGAAGGAACAUCGUACAUCGACUGCUUCAAAGGGACCAAUCGGCGUCGCACCAUGAUUGCCUGCGGUACCUGGAUAGGUCAAGUCGCCUCUGGUGUUUGGUUUGGAAGUAACGUCAUCUACUUCCUCCAACAAGCCGGUUUCGACUCUGACAACUCCUUCAACUUCGGACUCGGUGUCAGCGCCAUGGCUAUCGUCGGAACCAUUCUUUCUUGGUUUAUGCUGCCCCACAUCGGACGUCGCACACUCUACGUCGUUGGUCUCAGCAUCCUAUUCACCAUUCUCCUUACCGUUGGCUGCAUGGGCAUUCCUGCCCCAACGGCAGGUUUGGGUUGGGCUUCUGGUGCUCUACUGAUGCUGUUCGUAAUCACGUACGACAUGACUGUUGGGCCGGUAUGCUACUGUCUGGUGGCCGAAAUCCCCUCGACACGUCUCCGCAUCAAGACCGUUGCUCUCGCGCGAAACUCGUACCUCCUUGUCAGUAUCGGCGCAAACUUUCUUAACCCGCCGAUUCUCAAUCCGAGCGCCUGGAAUCUUCGCGGGAAAGGAGGCUUCAUCUGGGCGGGUAUUUGUUUCUGCGAACUGGUUUGGGCUUAUUUCUACCUCCCCGAACCUAUGGGACGCUCCCCUGCAGAGCUGGAGAUGCUCUUUGAGCAAGGUGUCAGCGCGCGCAAGUUCUCAUCUACGAAGGUGGACGUUUUCUCCAAUGUUAGUUCGGAGAAGAGCGACGCCACUGUGGAUAUGGUUGAACAUCGAUAA